CCGAGCCCCCGCCAGCCCGAGCCUAGAGCAGCCGCGCCUGGGGCUCCAAGCCGCGGCGAUGAUCCGAAUCUUUCCGGAUUUCAGCGUGCAGGUGACGGCCGCGGCGGCCGGCGGGGCAGCCGCUGGGGUACCGGCCGGUGCGGGCAUGGGGAGGGCCGGCGCCGCGGCCAACGGCACCCCGCAGAACGUCCAGGGCAUCACCUCCUACCAGCAGCGAAUAACUGCCCAGCAUCCUCUGCCCAACCAAUCAGAAUGUAGGAAAAUCUACAGAUAUGACGGAAUCUACUGUGAAUCUACCUACCAGAAUUUACAAGCACUGAGAAAAGAGAAAUCCAGAGAUGCUGCUCGCUCCCGCCGGGGAAAAGAAAAUUUUGAGUUCUAUGAAUUGGCCAAGUUGUUGCCUCUUCCUGCCGCCAUCACCAGCCAGCUCGACAAGGCAUCCAUCAUCCGACUUACAAUUAGUUAUCUCAAGAUGAGAGACUUUGCCAACCAAGGGGAUCCUCCAUGGAACCUGAGGCUGGAAGGCCCUCCACCAAACACCUCAGUAAAAGGGAUUCAAAUGUGGAAAUCUGAACUCUGCAUGAGAAAGACACCAUGUGAAGGUGCACAACGAAGGCGGAGCCCCAGCGCACUGGCCAUUGAAGUAUUUGAAGCACAUUUGGGAAGCCACAUUUUGCAGUCCCUGGAUGGCUUCGUAUUUGCACUAAAUCAAGAAGGAAAAUUUUUGUACAUUUCUGAAACCGUCUCUAUCUACCUAGGCCUCUCACAAGUGGAGCUGACAGGUAGCAGUGUCUUUGACUAUGUCCACCCUGGGGACCACGUGGAGAUGGCAGAGCAGCUGGGCAUGAAGCUCCCGCCUGGGCGGGGUCUCCUCUCGCAGGGCGCCACAGAGGACGCGGCCAGCUCAGCAUCUUCCUCGUCUCAGUCAGAGACCCCUGAGCCAGUGGAGACAACCAGCCCCAGUCUGCUAACCACGGACAACACCCUUGAACGGUCCUUUUUCAUCCGAAUGAAGUCUACUCUGACCAAACGUGGGGUCCACAUCAAGUCGUCGGGAUAUAAGGUGAUUCACAUAACAGGCCGGCUUCGCCUCAGAGUGUCGCUGUCCCACGGGAGGACCGUCCCCAGCCAAAUCAUGGGUCUCGUGGUUGUGGCUCACGCCUUGCCUCCCCCUACGAUCAAUGAAGUCAGAAUUGACUGCCAUAUGUUCGUCACUCGAGUAAACAUGGACCUCAAUAUCAUUUACUGUGAAAAUAGGAUUAGUGAUUACAUGGAUCUGACCCCGGUAGACAUCGUAGGGAAAAGAUGCUACCACUUCAUCCAUGCCGAAGAUGUGGAAGGCAUCAGGCACAGCCACCUGGACUUGCUGAAUAAGGGUCAGUGCGUGACCAAGUACUACCGCUGGAUGCAGAAGAAUGGAGGCUACAUCUGGAUACAGUCUAGCGCCACCAUCGCUAUUAAUGCGAAGAAUGCGAAUGAGAAGAACAUCAUCUGGGUGAAUUAUCUUCUUAGUAAUCCUGAGUACAAGGACACGCCCAUGGACAUUGCACAACUCCCGCAUUUGCCAGAGAAAGCGUCAGAGUCCUCAGAGACAUCCGACUCUGAGUCAGACUCUAAAGACACCUCAGGUAUUACAGAGGACAACGAGAACUCCAAGUCCGAUGAGAAGGGCAAUCAGUCCGAGAACAGCGAAGAUCCGGAGCCUGACCGCAAGAAGUCAGGCAGCGCGUGCAACAACGACAUGAACUGCAACGACGAUGGCCACAGCUCCAGCAACCCGGACAGCCGUGACAGCGACGACAGCUUCGAGCAUUCGGACUUUGAACACCCCAAGGCGGCCGAGGAUGGCUUCGGCGCGCUGGGCCCUAUGCAGAUCAAAGUGGAGCGCUACGUGGAGAGCGAGGCGGACCUGCGGCUGCAGCCCUGCGAGUCCCUCACGUCGGACAGCGCCAAGGACUCAGACAGCGCGAACGAGGCGGGCGCACAGGCGUCCAGCAAGCACCAGAAGCGCAAGCGGCGGCGGAAACGGCAGAAGGGUGGCAGCGCCAGUCGCCGGCGCCUGUCCAGCGCGUCCAGCCCAGGCCUGGACGCCGGUCUGGUGGAGCCUCCGCGGCUGCUGUCAUCGCCGCACAGCGCCUCCGUGCUCAAGAUCAAGACAGAGAUCGCUGAGCCCAUCAACUUUGACAACGACAGCAGCAUCUGGAACUACCCGCCCAACCGGGAGAUCUCCAGGAACGAGUCCCCAUACAGCAUGACCAAGCCCCCCACCUCUGAGCACUUCCCAUCCCCGCAGGGCAAUGGAGGCGGCAGCAGCGGCGGGGGAGCACUGCACGUGGCCAUCCCCGACUCGGUCCUCACCCCACCAGGCGCCGAUGGCACAGCUGGCCGCAAGACUCAGUUCAGCGGCACAGCCCCAGUGGCCUCUGAUCCACUGUCGCCCCCGCUCUCGGCGUCCCCGCGGGACAAGCACCCCGGGGGCGGGGCGGGGAGUGGCGGGGGUGGCCCUGGUGCAUCCAACUCCUUGCUGUACACUGGGGACCUGGAGGCCCUACAGAGGUUGCAAGCGGGCAACGUCGUGCUUCCGUUGGUGCACCGGGUGACCGGGACCCUAGCGGCCACCAGCACAGCCGCACAGAGGGUCUACACCACGGGCACUAUCCGCUACGCACCCGCUGAGGUGACCCUGGCCAUGCAGAGCAACCUGCUACCCAACGCGCACGCUGUUAACUUCGUGGACGUUAACAGCCCAGGCUUUGGCCUCGACCCCAAGACGCCCAUGGAGAUGCUCUACCACCACGUGCACCGACUCAACAUGUCAGGACCAUUUGGCGGCGCCGUGAGCGCAGCCAGCCUCACACAGAUGCCAGGUGGCAACGUGUUCACCACAGCCGAGGGACUCUUCUCCACACUGCCCUUCCCGGUCUAUAGCAACGGUAUCCACGCGGCACAGACUCUGGAGCGCAAGGAGGACUGAGCGGGGCCCCACUCAGGAGGCAUCGUCGUUUUCGUUUAGACCUUUCAUUCUAGCACUUUGAAUUCGAGCUGGUCAGCGUCUUCUCUCAACACGGUGGCCCCAUCCCACCCCCUCUCUUUCUUUCAUUGGACUUAUUCUUUCUUGUAAAGACAUGUUUAUUUUUUGCCUUCAGAGGGUCAGAUGACCGGUUGCCUGCCAUUUUGUCUUCUAAGAUGUGUGUUGGGUUGUUUGACUUUCCUUUGCAUCUUUAUUAAGAUGUCUUUAAUGUGUAUAUGCCUCUGCCAUAGAAUACUCAGUCUUGUGGUCAAGAGAUUUCUCAAGUGACAACCAUUGGGUUUUCUUCCUAAAGAUCUUGAUAUGAUCAAGAUGGAAAGAGACACGCAUAAAUGAUUGUGCCCUGUUUGACUAAGUCAAAUGA